AUGGAGCCUCUCAUCCUGCUACUGCUAGCAUGGGCAACAUUAAUUGUUGAGCGUCACGAAGCUCUCUUUCUCUUUCCAGGCGUGCCUCCGAAGACGAUAGUGCAGAUCAUCAACAAUAUCACUGAUCCGCCUCAGGACUUGACUCUUCACUGUAAAUCUAAGGACGAUGAUCUUGGGGAACACACAAUCAGCGUGGGAGGGAAAUACGAGUUCAUAUUCAGACCAAAUGUUUUAAAACCAGUGACGUUGUUUUUUUGCAAUUUCAGGUGGCCAUCUGACACAUCGUUUCACUACUUUGAUAUAUAUAUUCAAAAACGAGACGAAGAUAGUUGCUUGGACAAGGAUGUUACCUUGUGUUAUUGGAAAAUAUGGAAAGGAGGUGCGUGUAAAUAUGAUAAGGACUUGAAAACCUACACCAAUUGUUACCCAUGGAACCCUGCUCCUGCUAUUGUUGCGUCGUCCGUCAUCAAUACAUCCUUUAUCUAA